AUGUCAGUGAAACAGUCCUGUCCCGUCUGUGGCAGGUGCAGAGGAGGUGCAGAGGAGGUGAUGUCAGUGAAACAGUCCUGUCCAGUCUGUGGCUGGUGCAGAGGAGGAGAUGUCAGUGAAACAGUCCUGUCCAGUCUGUGGCUGGUGCAGAGGAGGUGCAGAGGAGGUGAUGUCAGUGAAACAGUCCUGUCCCGUCUGUGGCUGGUGCCGAGGAGGAGAUGUGCAGAGGAGGUGAUGUCAGUGAAACAGUCCUGUCCAGUCUGUGGUGCAGAGGAGGUGAUGUCAGUGAAACAGUCCUGUCCAGUCUGUGGCUGGUGCAGAGGAGGUGCAGAGGAGGUGAUGUCAGUGAAACAGUCCUGUCCCGUCUGUGGUAGGUGCAGAGGAGGUGCAGAGGAGGUGAUGUCAGUGAAACAGUCCUGUCCAGUCUGUGGCUGGUGCAGAGGAGGUGAUGUCAGUGAAACAGUCCUGUCCAGUCUGUGGCAGGUGCAGAGGAGGUGCAGAGGAGGUGAUGUCAGUGAAACAGUCCUGUCCCGUCUGUGGCUGGUGCAGAGGAGGUGCAGAGGAGGUGAUGUCAGUGAAACAGUCCUGUCCAGUCUGUGGCUGGUGCAGAGGAGGUGCAGAGGAGGUGAUGUCAGUGAAACAGUCCUGUCCAGUCUGUGGCUGGUGCAGAGGAGGUGCAGAGGAGGUGAUGUCAGUGAAACAGUCCUGUCCAGUCUGUGGCUGGUGCAGAGGAGAGGAGGUGAUGUCAGUGAAACAGUCCUGUCCAGUCUGUGGCAGGUGCAGAGGAGGUGCAGAGGAGGUGAUGUCAGUGAAACAGUCCUGUCCAGUCUGUGGCAGGUGCAGAGGAGGUGCAGAGGAGGUGAUGUCAGUGAAACAGUCCUGUCCAGUCUGUGGCUGGUGCAGAGGAGGUGCAGAGGAGGUGAUGUCAGUGAAACAGUCCUGUCCAGUCUGUGGCUGGUGCAGAGGAGGUGCAGAGGAGGUGAUGUCAGUGAAACAGUCCUGUCCAGUCUGUGGCUGGUGCAGAGGAGGUGCAGAGGAGGUGAUGUCAGUGAAACAGUCCUGUCCAGUCUGUGGCAGGUGCAGAGGAGGUGCAGAGGAGGUGAUGUCAGUGAAACAGUCCUGUCCAGUCUGUGGCAGGUGCAGAGGAGGUGCAGAGGAGGUGAUGUCAGUGAAACAGUCCUGUCCAGUCUGUGGCAGGUGCAGAGGAGGUGCAGAGGAGGUGAUGUCAGUGAAACAGUCCUGUCCCGUCUGUGGCAGGUGCAGAGGAGGUGCAGAGGAGGUGAUGUCAGUGAAACAGUCCUGUCCAGUCUGUGGCAGGUGCAGAGGAGAGGAGGUGAUGUCAGUGAAACAGUCCUGUCCAGUCUGUGGCUGGUGCAGAGGAGGUGCAGAGGAGGUGAUGUCAGUGAAACAGUCCUGUCCAGUCUGUGGCAGGUGCAGAGGAGAGGAGGUGAUGUCAGUGAAACAGUCCUGUCCAGUCUGUGGCAGGUGCAGAGGAGGUGCAGAGGAGGUGAUGUCAGUGAAACAGUCCUGUCCCGUCUGUGGCUGGUGCAGAGGAGGUGA